UAUUUAUGCCCUGCUCACUCCCUUCACACAUUUUCUGACCCGAUCCAAGCACCAUGUCGUGGAAGCGUCUUGUACCGACUCUCAACAGAGUCUUGGUUGAGAAAAUCACUGCUCCUGCUAAGACCACCAGCGGCAUCCUUCUGCCGGAGAAAUCAUCCAAGCUGAACUCCGGGAAAGUUGUUGCGGUCGGACCUGGUCUCCGCGACAAGGCUGGGAAUGUUGUGCCGGUAGCUCUUAAGGAAGGUGACUCUGUUCUCUUACCUGAUUAUGGUGGUACACAAGUCAAAUUGGAUGAUAAAGAGUACCAUUUGUAUAGGGAUGAAGACAUUUUGGGUGUGCUGCACGAGAAAUGAGUAAUUUUAUUUUGAUCUGUGUUGAGGUUACUUUAGAGGGACAUAUUUUGGGCUGUUCUUCAUUUAGUGUCUCAAGCUGUUCUCAGUUGUAACCGAUCUAGUAAUGGAAUUGUUGCGAAUUGGGGUUUAACUUUUUAAAUUGCAAUUGUCAUUACUCAAUAAUAUUUUACUUUACUAUCUUGUUUUGCA